AGCGACUCUAAACAUACCAAUAAAAGACUUUUCAAACCCCUGAGGAGCAAAAAUUGAAAACCUCGCCGGCCGGCCACUGAAUUUAGCUCCGGCGUCGUCAACAGUCACCGAGAGAACGCUCGAUUAGCAGUUAUAUAUACAUAUAUUUAUAUAUAGCAGAUACAGAGAGAAGAAGAAUGGUGUAUAUAACUUCCUGGGAUGAUUUUGUUGAGAGAUCCGUACAGUUGUUUCGCGCCGAUCCCGAGAAAACUCGCUAUGUGAUGAAAUACAGACAUUCUGAUGGUAAAUUGGUUCUCAAGGUCACUGAUGAUAAAGAGUGUAUCAAGUUUAAGACUGACCAAGCCCAAGAUGCCAAGAAGAUGGAGAAACUUAACAACAUUUUUUUUACCUUGAUGUCUCGUGGUCCAGACGCUGAUAUAUCUGAAGUGGGUGGCAAAGAACAGAUGGAGGCACAAGCACCUAAGAAAGGAAGAGGAAGGAAACAAUAAUUCUUCGAUGGGUUUGUUGCUGCAACUCUCUUACUGCUGUGAAGAUAAAUUUUUGAAACCUGCAAGGAAUUUUUCUCUCCAACUUCUUUUUGUAUUAUUAGUGGAACAGAUCUUUUUUGCUUUUUGAAGAUAGCCCUUUUAAUUUGCAAGCGUAUCUUAGCUUAUUUAUCUUUGCAGAGCUAAACUUGAGGAUAAACUAACUAGACUAGACAAAUAUUAUCCAAGUAGUCUUUUUGUGUCCCAUAAUGUUUAAGACUGAUGAAAGAAAAUGUUCAAGACUGUACACACCACCGUCCUCUCUAGACUCUACUUGUGGGGUUGCACGAGGUCUGUUAUUGUUGCAUAAUGUGUUAGGUAUCUGCUUUGGAACCUUACUCAUUACUCAUUAGAGUUCGUGCUGGGAAGUUCCACUUUGGGGCUUAACGCUCUUUACUAAGAGCUAUUUUAUCCUCAAGAUCGAA